AUUUUCUAAAAAUCUGCGCCAUUGCUSGAAUGGAUUCUUCUCCUAAAAUGUUUUUUUCUUUUUUGGCAGCCGUUUCUCCAUGAGCCAUAGAUGAAUAUCAUGAACGUCCAAGGUCAAAUUUAAAAUGACAAGUAAARUCUAAAUUCAAAGUAUGGCAGAAAACGUGCCCUUUGACUGGAGGCACGAGAUGGAUGGGGAUGGCUGGUCUAUUCCAGAGCAGUCGAAAUCUAUCGAAGUCUUGUUCAGGUUUGCUAAUGAUCACUACAAAAACAAGAACUAUGACGAGGCUUUGCAGUAUUAUGGUCUUAUACUCAAGCGAGCAAAAGAAGCGACCGAUAACCAGGCUGAUAGUAAUGCGGUGUACGCUUUCAUGAAGAGCCUUUAUAUGAUCUCACGAUGUCAAAUGGAAAUGGGAAAUUAUGAGGACGCUUUAAAUAACGCUGAAAUCGUUUGCAAGAUGGUCGUUUCAAAUUGCCCUGACAAGGUUCACAUACCAGAGCAAUUGAUGAUUGAGCUCAAGGAACGCCGUGACGAUAUCAUUGGUGCUUUCAUUUUGGCUCUAAUAUUCAAACAACUUCAUCCAUCGAACCCUCAAUAUGGAAAACUUUUAUCCAACAUCCAAGAAAAAGUUGAAGAAUCCUUCACAAAGCAGAGUGGYGUGAUCAACAACACGUUCGACAUUCUCAUGAAGAAGGGCAAAAAGCUGUACAAGAACGACGAAUAUUCUACUGCAGCUGCUUUCUUCGAGAAAGUAAUUGAAGUAUUUUGUUUCUUACCAGACGAAAACUUGCAGAAAGCGUAUAUCUGGGUAGCACAGUGUUUUUUGAUGAUGGAUCUUGACCAAGCUAAAAGUAAAGUUGAAAAAGUCUUGGUUCGCUUUUCUUCGAACUCCAAAGCACGAAAAUUGCAUGAGGACAUAGUAGAGAAGGCCAAGCAAGCUAAAGCUCAAGAAGAAAAUGCAAGCCAUCUUCCUGAUCAUAGCAAGGGAAAACAACAAGACAAAAAGAUGAGUAAAAUCAAAGACAAUAAAAACGAAGUAAAGAAGAUGGUUGCUGAUCACAAACCUGGCGUUUCAAGUGGCAACGUGUUACCAAAACAGGUAACGGCGAAGACCCAGGGACCCCGUCAAAGCAGUAAUCAACCAUCCCGUUCUGCGACCAAGUCUACUGAUAGUGUUAAUGUUGCAAGUGUUAAUCAAUCAUCCCGUUCUGCCGUCAAGUCUACUGAUAGUGUUAGAACUGGCAAUCGUCACAAUGCAAUGAAUAAUAUUGAUUCGACUUGGGAAGGUUUACCAAAACAGGCAACAGUGAAUACCAAGAAACCCCGUCAAAGCAGUAAUCAACCAUCUCCUUCUUCAACCAAUGCAACAGUGAAUACCAAGGGACCUUGUCAAAGCAGUAAUACACUAUCACCUUCGGCCAAUAGAUAUUCAGUGUUACGUUCCUUCAGCAAUGACGAUUCCACAGUUACCCAAAACAACUCAGCUAAGUCUCCGGUGGUAAAAAAUGGUAUUGCUACACAUGAYAGUGCAAGAAGUAAGGCUGAGAACAGAAACCUUGAGCAGAGUGAGCCUCUUCCAUCGGACGAAUCAAACGAAGGCUCAUUUCAGACUGUCAAAGCUAGAAAGCAUUGCGCUAAAAAUAAAGUUACUGAAAGAAAACCUUUUUGUUUGCCAGAAGGAGUGGAAGUCAUCUGGCAGUCUCUCUAA